AGAGCGCUUAAGUACAAUUUGAAGCUGCUGUCGCUUUGAUUGCGUGCGAUAGUCUCCGCAAUCGAGAAGAAUAACAAAAGCCAGCAAUCAGCGUUGGACUUGAAACUCGGAAGCUCGGUCGAAGCUUUGUUGUGGCGUCCACGGUCUACUCACUAUCAGUCGUGGCCACAGCUGUGACGGUUGAACAAGCAACGCUCGGCGAACGGAGCUCGAUCAGUGCCCAACGAUUAGCGUGCAAAGCAAACAACAACGGAUCACGCUGCCGAUUUACAAAGCAAAAGUGAAAAACAAAUAAAAUAAAAGCAAAAUAAUAAUAAGCCGAUAAUUUAAUAAGCAGACAACAAAAAAACAAAAAAUUUAUGAAAAAGUGUAGUGAAGAGCAGCAAACGAAAUAAAAACACUUAAAUUUAGUUAAAGUAGGAAGCAAUAUAGCGUGUUUUUCGGGCUUCGGUUAUUUGUAGACGACACCGAAGCGUGUACAAACAAACGAAUAUCCAGUGGAAAUACCAGUCCAAGUGUGGAUUUAAGUUUUCGCUUGGGCGCACACGACGCACGUGUUGAUGUCGCGGAUGUGAUAAAAGCGCGCAGCUUAAACAGUUCGUGUACACGGCAUACUCAAGCUUCUGGGAAAUUCUAUAAAGUGUGCCAAAUUUGUAAAAAAAAAAAUCAAAAAUAUAAAAUCCGUUUUUGUGCUGUGCACCAAGUGUGCCUUGUGUCUUGAAUACUCUGCCUAAUUUAUUGCUGUGACAAAGCGUACUGCGCUGAUUCAGAAGUCUAAAAAUGUCCCACACAACUUCUUGGUGCUCGCGGCCGGCUUUGCCGCUUUUGUUCUUCACUUAUUUGUUUCUGAUAGUUAGCCCAAUUGCUGGCUAUACUUACGAAUAUCGCGCAAAUCGACAAAAACGCUCGCCCAAUGAAGCUAAGAAGGUAACAAAAGAUUUCGAAGCGAACUUGGAUCGAAUUUUUAAAAUUGGUAGUGAUACGGGACUUGUACUUUUCAACGACACAUCGCAAUCGGCACAAACAGAUGUUAUGUUUAAAGUGCAAAGAUCACCCGACGGCAAACUGAACGUGAUUUUUAACGAUUUUCUCAUUUUCCAGACGACAACUGCAGGUACACCCACCAAUAACAACUACAAUAAUAACCAAAAUACACAACACAACAAUCGCGACAAUGACGCGAUUAUCUUUUCCGAUGAUGGGUAUCUCUGCAGAGAAAGACUGAAGGGGAAACCCUAUUGUUUGGACGUGCCAAAUUAUUUGGAGUCUUCGCGGUUGGAUAAAAUUGAUGAGGACAAUUUUGAGAAAUUCAAAUCAUAUUUCAAAGACGAUGUCGUGCCACCGCCAGACAUAACGCAACGUAUGAACUCGGACCCGCAGGAGGAGUACUAUUGCAGCAGCAGAUCGCAUUUAAUAUAUCCGAAAUCCGCGGAAACGAUGGAAUCCAAAUGGCUGUUGGUCGUGCAACACGAGAACCACAAGCAGGGUAUUUUAGUGGAACAGUGCGACGAAGAGGAGAAGCCCUGCCGAUUUCAGGAGUUGCUGCCGAAAUUCUACACAUCGCGUUGUAAGCAGAAUUACAUCUAUAGAACUAUGGUUGUGUCGGUCGACGGCAAGCUGCGUGAGGAACAAGUAAAAAUGCCCAGCUGCUGCAAAUGUGUGUUGCGUUACAAGGGAUCAGAACACGUUGACGACGAACUACGUCCAGGACGACCAUCAACAUCAACUGAUUAUCAACACAUCAAUAAAGUGAAACUCUUAGGGACAGUUGCGAUUCCACCAAACAACAACAGCAAUGAAUCGAACAAUAAUACCGAAGUGGAAGUAGCCAACAAAACCGAUAGUGGCACUAUCAAUAGUUUAGAACAAACUAAAUUGGAUAACAUCAGUUCGGAAAAAUUGGCGCAGUUCAAAUUCAAAGAAGACUAUAUAGAGCAAGAGAGUUCGGCGCAUUUUACUGAUGCGGAUGAAAUAGAGAUGUGUCGUUCUGUAAGGAAGUUAAUAUAUCCGCAUAGGGCAAUGUCCAAGGAUUCAGAGUGGCUAACGAUCUUACAAACUGCGGAAAAUAAGCAAGGAAUUUAUGUGGAGCAGUGUGUUGAAGACGGUGAAAAAUGCAAAUUUGAUGAAGCUUUCCCAGUGGGCUAUAGCACAAGUUGCGUCCAGCGCUUCACCUAUCGGCCGAUGGUAGCACUCGUGAAUGGCGAAUUGAAGGAGGAACACAUAAAAUUACCACAUUCAUGCAAAUGCGUAUUAAAAUUGAGUUUGGGAAAGCAAUGAAGUCUAUAUUGAAAAUGAUAUACACUUCUGUGGACUUUGGAAUUGACAACGGUUUAUGAUUUUGAUUAACUUUCUAUACAUACAUAUAUAAUCGAAAAAAACUAAUUUUGUGUAAAUAUCGUAUACUCAUUUUAUAAGUACAUAUAUCAUUGUGGGGUAGUUUUAGUUUUCUGGUACAAACAAAAGCAAAUACGAAUCAAUUAUAAAGUUGUAAUAUUUAUAUAUAUUUUUAUAAUAUAUCACGUCAGCUGUAAAACGAA